CGUUCAUCGAUCACACAUCGCAUCGGUUCGAUCACAGCAAUGCGAAUCGCUCGCGAGCCAUUGGCGCACGAUUGGACUGGUCAGCACUAGACGUGCUGUAGUCUCGGCUUGGCCAUCGUCCGGUUCGCAUCGUUUUUCAUCGCCGUCGUCGUCGUCGCCAUCGUCAUCCUGGUUGUCUAUGGUGUUGUGUUCGAUUGAUUGAAUCAAAAGGGAAACCUUCAGCUGACAAAGGUGCUACCUACAAUACUACAAUCAGUGUGUUCGAAAUUUUUAUGCUGCUUGAAAUUCUGGUUGCAGUGCAUCACUAGGACGAGUGAUUUCGUGUUGUGAUUAAUGUAGUGAAUGAAGAAGAAUUAUUAAUGCACGAUUAUUCAACUGUCAUAAAUUGUCCAGCUUCGACAGUGUAAAACGGCCGCAUUGAUAGAGUCCGGUGUGGUUCAAUUAUUCAACGUGAAUUCAUUAAUUCAAAUACAUCGGAAGAGAAGAAAACGACAACAACAAAGUGGUGGAAAGACGAUUAAUUCAUUUCCAGUCCGCGGUCAUAUCAGUUGUAUAAAUAAUUACCUCAACGACGAGAGAGCGAAAAAAAAAACAACAUUUACAGCAGCGGCGGCAGCGGCAGCAGUAGAAUAACGACCGGCGAGUAGAUAAAAACAAAGCGAAAACAACGAAACACCUAACAAGAACAAGCAACGCUUCCCGCCUUCCCCAUCGCCGGGCCGCAAGAUCAACCGGUAGAAACGGAAACGCAACGCCCAAAAUACGUCCACCAUGGUGCUGGUGCUGAAUGGUGUCCUACAGGAUGAGUGUCCCAUGGAUACGCACUCGCUCUUCGUACAGCAUCCGGUUUACCGGGAAACGGCCACACAGUUCCUGUCCAUUCCAACGAAAACGGUUGGUGCUCCCGGGUUGCUGUACGUGUGUCAACGAGAGAUGGCCGCCGUGGCUCCACACGACAAAAAUGUAAAUAUCAUAGGAUCGGACGAUGCCACGACGUGCGUCAUUGUGGUGGUGCGGCAUUCAGGCUCCGGUGCGGUGGCGCUAGCUCACCUCGAUGGCAACGGUACCGAUGAGGCUGUUUCGACGAUGGUCGCCCGCGUCCAGGAACUUGCCUUCGGUUAUCCUGAGGGUAGAAUCGAACUACAGCUGAUAGGUGGCUUUAAAGAUUCCCAAGGCUACGCGGAGGACCUAUUCAGCAACAUCAUGCAAUCGUUCCACAAACACCCACUGGAGAUCGAUCUGACGCAGGCCUGCGUCGGCGAGCUGAACACCAUUCUCCGGGGGGAUCUCAACUGGCCAAUCAUCUACGGGAUCGGGGUGAACGUCAAAACCGGAGAAAUCUUCCCGGCCACCUUUCCGGACAAGGGACCCGAUCUUCAGCUGCGCAUGGCGCGACACUUCACUGGUGGCCAUCAGGUGCUGGACAUCUACGACUCCACGGUUGGGAUGCUCCGAAUCGGACCGUUCAAUUACGACCCACUGCGUGGGGUGGACCUCUGGUUGUCGCAAAGCGACGAAUUCAUCCUUCAACAUCUAUCCACUAGUCCGGAGGUGGAACCACCCCACUUUGCUAUGCAAGUCCGUGCCACUCUUAGAUACAUACAGGACAACCAAUUCCCGGCGGUAACGGUGUUCCGGAAUAACAACCCGCACUACUUUAGACGAGAUGAAGCGACCGGCUGUUGGGCGCCGGUGCGAUUCUAGUAGAGCCGUACCACCGGGCAAUGAUUCCUACACAUGCGUUAGCUACGUAUUGUUUGAUUUUUAAUGGGGCGCUCUCUUUGGCGUUGUAAUCUUUAUUUAAUCCUAGCGUAGAGUCUCAGAAAAUGAAACAUAAAAGCCACUUUUUGCACCACUUCAUGCGAAGUUAAUUUCGGAAACUC